AUGCCCGCGCGGAGUGAUAGAAGCGGAAUGGACCGACCGGGUCUUCCUGUGUCCAUUCUCACCGGUUUUCUCGGCGCGGGCAAAACCACCCUCCUGAACCACAUCCUGCAGAAUCAAGAAGGUGCACGAGUAGCCGUGUUCGUCAAUGAAUUCGGGGCAGUGGAUAUUGACGGAGACCUGAUUCGCUGGCAAGGGCACGUGGACGAGCAGAGGGUGGUCACCUUGGACAACGGCUGCAUGUGCUGUGAGGUGAACGCCGACCUAGAGCGACAGCUGCGGCUCUUGCUGCAGGCCCACGCCGACCAGGUCGAAAAUCUUGAUUUGAUCAUCAUCGAAACGAGCGGUCUUUGCGACCCAGGGCCUGUGCUGGACACGCUGUCGCAACUGGAAGACUUGGCUUUUUCUUUGCACCUGGAUACCGUCGUUACAGUCGUCGAUGCGAGCCACUUCAAUGAAUCCACCUCCUUGCCAAAAUCUGCUGAGGAGCUGGGCCUCCAGGGCACGGCGUCCCAACAGCUGAAGUACUGCGACUUGAUACUCUUGAACAAAUGCGACCUGCUCGGGGGCAUCGGGUCGCCGGCCGCAGAUGCCGCAGAGGCUUCACUGAGAAGGCUGCUGCACACGCAGUCGACCGUACUACCUCGCAUCCUCCGAUCUGAGCAUGCAGAAGUAGACUUGGCGUUGCUGAGCUCUCGUGGCCAUGCUCCGAGAUAUCCAGCUCCACCACCGCCCUCGAUACCGCAGCCCGGCAAGCGCCGGCGCUUGCGGAUGAAGCAACCGGCAGCUGCACGUCAGCCGCACCAUCGUCAAAGCGCAGCUUCUUUUGUUUACACAGCGAAUCGGCCCUUUGAUCCCCUUCGGUUCGAAGAGUGGAUCGAGGAAGGGCCGCCCAACGGCGUAUGCCGCGCGAAGGGUCUUCUUUGGAUGAGCGGCGUCCCGCGGCACGUCAUCUUCCAACUGUCCGGCAACAGGACGAACCCGUUCGAGACAGUAGCAGCAGGAGGACCGCCGACAUCUUCACGGCUGGUCUUCAUCGGCGUGGCAGGCCAACUGCAGCAGUGCGAGGAGCAGGUAAGCCGCUCCUUGAACCGGUGCUUGUGCGACCCGCCUGUGUGA